AUGGGGAGACUCAUGGAUAUCACGGGUGAUGUGGGUAUGUACUACCUUGGGGUUGCGAGAACCGCUCGAGUUAGUGAAGCAGUUCUGGGUCAGCAAUGGAACAUCAGAGGUCACAGGAGUAGGCAUUACCAUGCACUUCAUGACCGUAUCCAGAAUGAAAGGGUACCACUUGAUGAACAUGGUAGAGACGUGGUGCUUUGGAAGCAUGAUGAGAACACAUAUAAACCGCACUUCUCUUCUAGUAGAACUUGGGAUCAAGUACGGGUGAAGAAGAAUAAGGUGGUCUGGAGCAAGAGUAUUUGGUUUUCACAGGGCGUUCCUAGAUACUCUUUUAUUGUUUGGCUGGCAAUAAAGGAUCGACUAUCAACUGGAGUGCGUAUGAGGGUGUGGGGCAUACAGCAAGGUUGCUUGAUGUGUGGAGAAAGGGAUGAGUCGAGGGACCAUAUCUUUUUUGCUUGUCCUUUUACUUUCACUGUCUGGAAUAGACUUGCAGGACGGCUGUGUGGGCGACGGAUCAAUCCUGACUGGAGUCUUACUCUGCAAUUUGUUACCAGAAACACUCUUAGCAGCUUGGACAAGAUACUAGUCCAAAUGCUGUUUCAGACAUGCAUCUAUUACAUGUGGAAGAAGAGGAACGAUCGUAGACAUCAGAAAGGUUAUCACAGUACAAAGCAAGCUAUCCGAAUCAUCGACAAGGCCAUACGGAACCGAAUCAGUUCUCUUCGAUACAAACCUAAUCAUAAGCUAGCCGGGUUGAUGCAGCGUUGGUUUGAAGUUUUUGAUAACACAUAG